AUUUAGUCGAGAAGCCUUGCACGUCAAUUGUUCGAAGUAAUUCUCGAGAUAAAAUAAGUCAUUUUUGCCCGCCGCACGCGACUGUGUAAUCGCAUAUGCUUAUUAUGAUGGAAGACGCAUGCUCUUCUUUCACAGUUUCAAUUGAUCAAACUGAUCAAAAUGUUAAUUUUACCGAAGUUCCUAGCUAGAUUUUACGGAUUCAAAUGUUUAGGUUAAAACCAAGGUGGAAAUUGGAAUUGAUGUAAUAUCCACUUCCUGGUAGUGAAGUGAUUGAAACCUUAAUAUUUGGGCAGCUCAAAUUUGCAGACUUGAAGUACAUGUAAUGCUUGGUGGAUCCUACAUCACUCUGGUAUUUUUUGGACAGGUUAUCAGAAAUGAAACCAGCAUGUGCAUAUUAGGUUUUGGACUGGAUCUUUUAGGUUGUUAUCAAAUUCAGCUUCAGAUCUUAGUUGAUCGCACAAUAUGUAGAUUUUAUCACAUGCAGGUGAUCCUCCAAUCUGUCAAUGGAGGCAAAAAAUUUUCGGUUUCUUAAGAUUGUCGGUGUGGGGUUUAAAGCAAGAACUGAAGCAGAAGGUCGACAACUGUUUCUGAAGCUGGGUUACAGCCAUGAGGUGGAAUUCGCUGUUCCUCCUGCUGUUCGAGUUUUCUGCUUCAAACCCAACAUACUUUGUUGUACCGGGAUAAACAAAGCGCGAGUACACCAGUUUGCUGGUGCAGUCCGUGGCUGCAAACCUCCCGAAGUUUACAAGGGCAAGGGUAUAAUGUACAUUGAUGAAGUCGUGAAGAAAAAGCAAGGAAAGAAGUCAAAGUAAGCUAGAAGGAUCGUAUGGUCUAUGUGGUUUAUGCAUAAAUCUGGAAAAUGACGACUGCCUUUUGAUGUGUGAAAUUUUCAUUCCUCCAGCAACAACCGAUUUCAUUCAUGAUCUAGUGCAGUUGGCUGUUGGAUUUCUUGGUCUCCCAUAUAUGGUAUUAACCAUGGGGGCAACUGCCCUCCUGUGUUUUGACUACAUUAGCUGAAAUUACUUAAGAGCAUCACAGUCUUAUUAUUC